AUGAAGGGUUUUGACAAGGUAGAGAAUGUGGGUGAUGAUUGUGGUAGAGUAGGAUACAUUACCUACGGGCAAUGUGGUUGUGAAAAUAGAGAUGGUAAUGGUGGUGGUGGUGGUUUAGGAAGAUAUCUAUGCCAAGAAGAGAAAGACCUAGCUUUGGAUGAAGAUAGAGAGACAAAAAUGGAGAUUAUUGUACUAGUGGGUGAUGGUGAUAGAGGUUUAAGGGUUGUGACUACUAUGUCAACAGUGGCUAAUGACUAUGAGAUGGGUUUUUAG